AUGUCUGAAGUACAGUCCCGGCCUGCCCGUGGCAGGUCCACAGCCCGCGGCGGAAGAGGAGGCGGAGCCGGCUCACGAGGCACGCGAUCCAACAACCAGACGAAUGGAGAUCAUUCUGCAUCAAACAUCGACUCUUCUGCAGACCAGGGCGAGCUCGGUGAGCUCAAACGCAAAUACCAAUCACAUUUGGCCACUUUGAAAGAGCUGUUCCCCGGCUGGACCGAUGCUGAUUUUGUACUCGCACUGGAAGAAUCUGAUGGAGACCUCCAGAGUACCAUCGAGAAAAUCAGCGAGGGUACUGUCUCUCAGUUCGCCGAAGUCAAGACGAAGGAUCGGGCCCGCUCAAAGGUGAAAGAGAUUCAGCCUUCCGGUGACGCUACGAAUGCCACGCGUGGCGGCGCCCGCGGAGACCGUACGGAACGCCGCGGUGGGGACAGCAUCCGUGGUGGUCGUGGACGCGCCACCGACCGUGGUCGCGGAGGCUUCCGUGGAGGUGCUCGUGGAGGAGCAGUGAACGGUCCCCGUCCUGCCGGCGCUGCUGGCACCUCCAUUCCGACCACCGAGUUGUCUGCAUGGAAUGUUUCAACUCCUUCCACUGACGCAAACCCAUCCGGACAUGACAACAAAGAACAGGCUGCUCCCGCGCCCGCUUCUGCGCCGAAGAAGACAUGGGCCAGCAUGUUUGCAACGCCUAAGCCUGCACCGGCGCCAUCAAAGCCUGCCGCACAUGCUCAGCCGGCGCCGACAGAGCCAUCACAGCCAUCUGCUGAACCUCCUGCUGUCGAGCAGCCGGCAGAUGUAGGGGAACAGCUACCUACGCCCCCUGCAUCAGACGAAUCCGAAGCAACCCCAAUUGCGCCGGAGACCUCUUCGCAUGCCGCAACAGACAAAGAGGAGGUUGCAGCUCCUGCCGAGCCCGAGAUUUCUCCCAAGACCGAUGAGCUUACCCAAGAUAACGUUGCACAUCUUCCUGACGAUACUCAUGGACCCCCGACCGAGACGGCUGCCAGCACCGUCGCUAGUUCGGUAGCAACACCACUCGCCACGACCGGCCAAGGACCAAUUGGCCGUCCUGUGACCGGCGGAUACGCCACCACUGCGCUCAAGGCCGCUGGAGUCGCGGUUCCGCGUAGUGCUAGUUUCCAGAAGAAGCUCCAAGAGCAACAGGAGGCGGUCGUCAUGCCUGGAAAUCAUGCAGUUGAUCGUGCCGCCGUUCAAUUUGGUAGCUUGGGCAUAGACGGAGAGGAGGCAGACGUUGAUGAAGAUCGCGAGGACGCAGAGACAAGGACUCAGCCCCCUCAGCACUCUCCGGUUGCUCAGCCGCGGGCUUCCCUUCCACCUGCUCCUCGUCAAGUUCCCCAAGCCGCCGAGCCGCAACCCCAGGAGGCGGCUCCCACGCUCAAGCAAGCCCCUGGACUGCCACCAGCACCUCAACAGCAACCUAUCUCCCAACAAUCACCGUCCGCGGCUGUGGGAGCCCAGCCUGCUCAACCUCAAGCUGUGCAAUCCAACCAAGGAUACAACCAAUUCGGACGCUAUGGUCAGGGUGGCAUCCAGCAAGAGACCAGCGCAUCCCAGAAGCCAUAUGAUCCAUUUGGACCCCAGACUGCUCAAGCCAGUCAAUUCGACUACACGACCCAACACACCCAGCUCCCCCAUUCCCAAGCCGGCGGCUUUUCUUCUGGCCCCGAAAGCUUUGCUUCCCAAUACCAGUCUCUCGCGACAGAGCAGCAGCGGAAUGCAUCUGCCUAUAAUAACUACUACAGCUAUAAUCAACAACAGACGCCCAGCCAACAAGAGGCUGGUGCUGCACAGCCACGCACCGGCAGUGCAUUCGGUGCCGGUCCGAACGACUCGAACUUCCCCUCGAGUCAGCAACAGGGCCAAGGUCGGUACGGAGACGCUCAAAACAGCGGACAUACCACUCCGAACCCUGCACUGGGUGGUCAACUCCCUUCCGGGCCAGCCUCUCAGGGUCAUGUGCACCAACCCCACGGUCAACCAGGACACACUGGUGGUUACCCGUAUAAUCAUCCGUACUAUGGCCAGUAUUAUGGGAACUACAUGCACCAGUACGGCAAUUACACGCCCGGCGGUUAUGGGAGCUUUGGUGGCAAGGGCAUGUAUGGUCAGCCUCAUCACUACAUGUCUCAAUUUGACCAGCACUCCUCCUCCCCGGCCAACGUUGGCGGAUUCGGCCAGACCCACGGUCGUGAGAGCGGACUUGCUGGAAGUCUAGGCGAGUAUGGCAGGUCCGCCUCAAGCGCUGGUCAGACUGUACAUGGCGCCACGGCAGGAGGAUUUGGAAGUCUCCCGGAUGUGUUCAGCCGCUCCCAAGGCUACGGUGGCCAGGCCUCCUCAUAUGGCCAGCAGCAAGGAGGCCAGCAAAGCGGAAGCGAAGACUCAUUGAAGCCGUUCGGCGACACCAAGAGCGGUGGCCCCAGCCCCGCCGCACUGGGAGCGCAACCCGGUCGUCCAGGGUCUGCUGCCAACAACGCUCCUGGUCAAGCUGGACAAGGCCUCCCGCCCCAGACGCAUCAGCAGGGCUUUGGCGGCUAUCCAGGGCACGUGCAAGGUGGUCAGAACAGCCAAUAUGGGGGACUAGGUGGGCUGGGCCAUCAAGGCGCCGGUCAUAAUCAGGCUGGCGGAUAUGGAAAUUAUGGCGGUUUCGGUGGCGGUUAUGGCAGUUAUAGGGGCGGUUGGGGCACCAACUACGGGCAGCACUAGAAGGCCGAAGCCGUGGUAUAGCAUCCAGUUGGGAGGAUGUUCAGCCUCGUCCCCGUCUUAUAUAUGAGAAAGAGAUACAGAUAACAGCUCCGCUUAGGGGAAAGGAGAGCAAGAAUAGGGAAAGAAGCAAGCUAUCAAUCUUUGGAACGGCUUUGGUUGGUGUCUUGACACUCACUCUUCCACAUUCUCGUUUCUACUACGCUGGUUCUUAUUGAUUGCGUGGUUCAAGUCGAUUUCUAUCUCAAGUGAUUUUCUCAAAAUGGGGGGAAAAUCUAUCGGGGAUACCUAAGGGUGCUUCUAUCAAUCAGUUUCGGGUUUUCAGUUUUUUAAAUC